UAGAUCAGUGGUUCCCAACCCUGGGGUCGCGACCCCAAAUGGGGUCGCCAAGCGUUUUUCCUGGGGUCGCCAAGUCCUCGAACUUAAAACAGUCAAUUUUCAAUUCUAGGAUAUACAAUCACAUAUUAGUUGAGGGAUAGUUGCGAAUUUUUGCUUGUGUAUUAUAUAAUUAUUCAAAUGUAGUAGUCCUGACUGCCAAUGCUGUAUCAAACUUGUCUAUAGCUACUGGAGGCUACAGCCAGACAACGUAUUAUAAUAAAAAAAUCUAAGCCAUUUAGUUGAUCUCUUAGUAAAGAUUAGUAAAGAAAAAUAUACAAACGCAAUUGUGGAUCUUUAUUUUUCUAUUUGUGUAUAUUUCCAUUUAUAUAUAAAUAUAGGACACUGAAUUGUAAUGCUGGCAACCCUGAACUGUGCCAUACGCGUUUGGUACGCGAACAGCAUUACCGUCCUUGUCCACCACCAAGCCGCUGCUACUGCUGGUACUCCACUCCAGCUGUACUGUCGCACCGGGAAACACUGUCUGCACAUUGUUCGUCGUAUAUCGAUUCUUCAGUGAUGUCCAGAAAGCGGGUGUACAAAGAAGAAUUCCUUGGCACUGGAUUUACGUGUCUCAUCGAUCAUGGUACCGAAAAACCUCAGUGUGUUGUAUGUGGGGAAGUGCUCAGCCACGAGUCGCUUAAAGAAAAUAAGCUUAAGCGCCAUCUCCAGGGAAAACACCCAGCUCUGGCAGGGAAAGAUCUUGAGUAUUUCAAGAGAAAAGAAGAACAACUGAAGCGUCAGCGGUUAGACAACCCUAGGCACACAGGAGUGUAUUCUGUUCAACAAGCCACACUUGCAUCAUAUCUCGUUGCAAAAAGAAUUGCAAAGUGUAUGCAGCCACACACAAUUGGGGAAAAAUUAGUAAAGCCAGCAGCCCUUGAUAUGGUGAGUACUAUCCUCGGAGAUGCUGCAGUGAAAAAAAUUCAAACUAUUCCACUGUCAGAUAACACAAUCAACCGACGAAUUCAAGAGAUGUCAGGAGACAUCAAAGAACAGGUAGUGGCUGCCAUCAAGGAGAGUGGGAAAUUCAGCUUGCAGUUGGAUGAGUCUACUGACGUCAGUGACGAUGCUCAGCUCUUGGUGUAUGUAAGAUACCAAGGGAAGAGUGACAUUGAAGAGAACUUCCUGUUCUGUAAACGACUGGAGACGACAACAACAGGUGAAGAUCUGUUCAAGCUGGUUGAUAACUUCAUCAAAGAAGAGGGACUUAAAUGGGAUCAGUGCUACAGUGUGUGCUCAGAUGGAGCACCUGCAAUGCUAGGGGCACGUCAGGGUUUUACUGCCAGAGUAAAACAAGUCAACCCCACAGUGAUAGUGACUCAUUGUCUGCUCCACCGGGAAAACCUUGCCUCUCGGAAAAUGUCACUUGAGCUUAACACUGUUAUAGAAGAUGUGAUUCAAAUAGUGAAUUUUGUUAAAUCAUCAGCCUUGAAUUCAAGGCUGUUUAGUCAGAUGUGCUCUGAUAUGGGAUCAGAAUAUGAACACCUGCUUUACUACUCUUCUGUCAGGUGGCUGUCCCGAGGGAAAGUGCUCCAGAGGCUGCUUGACAUGCGUGCAGAGGUUGAAAUCUUCUUACACGAGAAGAAACAUGCAUUGGCAGCAAGGCUUACAGAACCAAGGUGGUUGCUUAAACUGGCAUAUCUGACAGACAUAUUUUCGGAGUUGAAUUCGUUAAAUGUGUCUAUGCAAGGAAAAGAUGAAACUCUUAUCUCUGUGUCACAAAAGCUCAAGGCUUUUAAAGCAAAGCUGAGGUUGUGGAAGGGAAAGAUCGAACUGGGGAAAACUGCGUCCUUUCCACUUAUGAACCUUUUUCUGGAAGAUGAAGAAGACGCCUCACUUCUGGACGUACAAAGUGUCAUUUUGGGGCACCUUGAGAAAUUGAUUGAGGAGUUUGACAAGUAUAUUCCGGAUGGAGAGUUGCAUGAGAAGUACAAAUGGUUGUGCAGACCCUUCGAUGUCCAAGCCGAGGACCUUUCAGAAGAAGAGUCUUCUAUCCAAAAUCUGCAAGAGGAGCUCAUCGAGGUGCAACAUGAUAAAACUCUUCGUUUUAAUUUCGAACGACAAACACUAGGUGUGUUCUGGACUGCUGUGAAGAAAGAGAAACCAGUCCUUGGAUGCGAGGCUGUGAAAAUGUUGUUGCCUUUCGCUACAACCUAUUUAUGUGAAUCGGGAUUUGCAGCUCUGACUGCCAUCAAAACAAGAUAUAGAAAUCGACUGCAACCCGAACAUGAUUUGAGGGUAGCACUUUCCAAGACUGAACCACGAAUAGAGAAACUUAGCAACAUGAUCCAGGCCCAAGGCUCCCAUUGAAAUUCAUUUAUCAUUUCACAGAAAACAGGUACUCCUUUUAGUUUAUUUUUUGAGGAAUGUGACAGAAUAUUACUUUAGAAGUGGUUGUUUUGAUUAAUGUCAGGCUUUAAAAUUCACAAUGCUGUAGUUCUAAUAAAACUCAAUUAUGUUACUUUUGUCUUUCACAACCUUACAGUAUCUCUCUUACACAUACUCAUAAUAGUUGUCGUUCCUUACUUUUAUAGCCGACAACUAGUAAUAUAUAGUUUUAAUAACACAUAGAUAUGCAACUAAAUUAUUGGGGUCGCGGUCCUAUCUUGAAAAACAUAAUUGGGGUCACCUGAAAAAAAGGUUGGGAACCACUGCU